GUUGCGGAUGACGAUGGUCGCGUGAUUUGUCCCGGAUGGCUCAGAAUCUCUGGAGGACAUCAAUGAUGGCCGCGAGUGCGUCAACUGCGGAGCCAUGUCCACCCCGCUGUGGCGGCGCGAUGGUACAGGCCACUACCUCUGCAACGCCUGCGGACUCUACCACAAGACGAGCAAAGGGGGGCGGCCCGUCUUCAAGGCGCAGAAGAGACUCCAGCAGCAGCAGGCGGUGUCACGCCGGGCGGGGCUGCACUGCGCCAACUGCCGCACCGCCACCACCACGCUGUGGCGGCGCAACGCCGACGGCGAGCCCGUGUGCAACGCGUGCGGCCUCUACAUGAAGCUGCACGGGGUGGCGCGACCUCUGAGCAUGAAGAAGGACGCGAUCCAGACGCGGAAGCGCAAGCCCAAGGGCGUCGGCGGGAGCGGCAAAGCCAGGGCCGCGCUAGUGGGCAUGGCAUCUCCCGUGGAGCACAGCUCAGCGGCGCUGUCCCCCCACUCGCGGGCUCACGCGCUGGAGCUGCCUCCGUUCGCUCCGCCCGGCUUACAGGACUGCAGUUCCCAUGGAAGCCCUCCCGCACUGGGCCUGCUGAGGAUGGAUGGUGCCGGAGAUCCUCACUACCCUCACCAUCCUCACCCCGCUCACCCGUGCAGUGCCAGCUCGGGGCUGCCUGGGUCCGGCCACCUCGAGUUGGGAGCUCCGCUCCUGAGCCGAGACGGCACCUGGUGCGCCCUGGCCCUCGCCUGACCUGGCCUCGGCCUCGCCUGGACAGGCCCCUGCUGUGGCCUGCCCGAGCCUCAUCUUUUCCUGAUGGGGCCCGCUAGUCACACUCGUGAAAUCAGGCCUGUGCAGGUCCUGCCCUUGCCUGAGCUGGCCUUGCCCUUACGAAGUUGGGCCGUGCAAUCGCCUAACCCAGGCCCUCUACUCCCGGUCCCCGGACCAGGCCUGACUUUCGUUCCUGCCUCAUUGGGCCUUGUCCCCUGGGCUGAGUGGACCCUCGAACUUUCCUCAUGAUCGGGCCUUACCUAUGCCCAAUUAGGCCUCUCACCUCUACCGGUCCCUGUGUGUGUGUGUUGUUGAGCAAACAUUGGCGAUUGCCACGUGGACACGCUGUGACAGGGGAGCGGGGGAUGCGAUGGACGUGUCCAAUUUGAAAACACGAACUGUGAACGAUCAGCCAUGCAUUGACGUCCGCUUACCCAUAGAACUGCUCCAUAGAACCUUCGACUAAAACUGAGCAAAGGGUGACUCUCGAAAAACUUCACCACAUUGGGGCUUUCCCUCCUCAGCGGUGACCGGGAAUGACUGUGAUGAAGCCAAGCGGGAAAGCCACUGCUGGCUGCCUGCGAGUUCGUGUUCGUGAAGAUGCAGCAAAGAGUGAAAUGUGAUGGGAUGGAACCGCAGCAAGGGAAGGAGGGAAGAAAGGACGUUAGUUUGCAAGCACCUCUCCUUGGACCGCAGAGAGCAGCGUUGCUAUCUCCAAUUAGUACGCUUGGCUACGUACGGUGCGAAAAAUGUUCAAGACGCCCUGGGAAGGCUGUCAGAUCUUCCACGGCGGCAGCGGCCGUCUCCGACAAAGAUGACGAUCCUGGGAAAACCACGGGGACGGGCGGCAAAACCCGAGCCGAUGGGGGAGUCGACACGGGAGAGAGGAAGACGCGAGCCGAAUUACGGCAAGUUGAUGGUGGUGAAAACGUGGACACAGUGAGGAACAGAAACUUUGAAUGCCCCUAACACCGACACGCCACCGACACACCACCGACACGCCAGCGGACGGGGGCGGCGCGGUGGGGGAAGGUUCCACUAUGUUUUUUCUGUAACAUUCUUUUUAAAAGAUAGCACAGGUAAAGGCGCAGCCCUGCAAUGCCGUUGCUCGCAAACACUGCUGGCGAAAGGGGGUGCCCCCUCCCGCUAAAAGAGAGCUCUAGAGGGGCCCCCCCCCCCCCCCCGCUCUCGAGUGGUGGGUUCCCAAUCUCUCCGGGAACCGCCACCGCACUCGCCAGCUGUCGGGGCGAAUGUUCGCAUGGAGCAACCAAUGGCGCGCGGUGCGGGUGGAGGCGUGGUGCAACCGGCGCCAGCGGUCGGUUGCUUUGUAGCACCCACCGUGUUGACGAGUCACGAACGGCUGCACGUGUGUUUCGGCGAGCGAGUCAUCGUCGGUAUCUGCGGCAGCGACCGGCGGGGGUCGCGCUUCCCACGGCCCCUGGCAAGUCCCCAGGCACCCCCCCCCCUGUGAGCCGCUGCUCUGGAAUCUGCAAUCUCUGCAAUGGUGAUUGGGAACUGCGCUCUUUCCGCUCGCUCAUUGUAUGUUCCGUAAAACGUAGGGACCUCCGGUUGUUCGUCUCUUUUCACGUAGACUAACAAUAAUGCCGUCUAUCCAACAAUAAUCUGGCGAUUGAGCAGCGUUUGUUUAAAGAGGCCUGACUCUGCUGAUGAGAAAAUGAAGGUCAAAACCGCCGCUGAUGCCAGAUAACGUUGGUUUGGAAGGGCCGUAAGCCAUGGGAGAAGUCAACUUUAUUUUUUUAUAUGGAGAGACAGAACUGAGGACUAUUUAGUCUGUUCUUUUACCCGGAACACUCCACGACUAUGCGCGAUGAGUUUUGUGUAAUCUGUCAGAGUUUGCUCAACAGUUGACCUCCACCUAGUCCACCUCCUCCUCUGUCAAUCGGUUCCCCCUCUUGCUGCGCGCUCCAUGAUUAUUUAGCCGGAAGACUCCGCCUGCGCGGCUUGAGCGAUAUCACGACAUCUCCGCUAUGGGCCCUGGCCCUCUCAACACUCCGCACACAGUGAGAGAGAGACAGCAUCCGCCUCGCGUCGGUAGACCACCCGGCCAGCGGUGGUGGUGGUGGCGGUGGCGGCACCGGCGGCGGUGGUGGCGGUCGCGAUCAGUUGUGAAUCGAUACACAGUACCAGCCGGCAAUAAAACCAUUUUU